AUGGCCCAACUUACGGAAAAAGAAAAGAUGCUUCGUGGAGAGCUCUUCCACGCAUUCUCGCCGGAGUUGUUGGCUGCACGUGUCCGGUGCGAGCAAGCCUACAAACGCUUCAACAGCGCCAGUCUAAACGGCGAAAUAUCGCGCCGACGGCAGAUUGAAUUAUGGCGAGACCUUGUCCAAGACACACGACCGUUACCACCGCCAGCCGAAAAUCAAGAAGCAGAUGAUGCUCUUUUGCGAAACGAGCCGUGGGUGCAGGCCCCGAUCUCAAUGGACCAUGGAUUCAACGUUAGGGUCGGCGAAGGCGUCUUCAUCAACGUCAAUUGUGUUUUCAUUGAUAGCUGCCUUAUCACAAUAGGAGCUCGUACGCUGCUCGGGCCGAAUGUCCACUUGUACAGCGGCGGUCAUCCUCUGGACCCUGCCGUUCGCAAUGGCACGCUAGGACCCGAGUGGGGGAAGGAGAUUCAUAUCGGCGAAGAUUGUUGGCUAGGGGGGAAUGUCAUUGUUCUUCCCGGCGUGACGAUUGGGAGGGGUAGCACCAUUGGAGCGGGCAGCGUGGUCACCAAAGAUGUUCCUGCGUUUCAUGUUGCUGCAGGAGCUGAGCAAGAGAAAAAUGUCAUGGCAGGUACCCCGCUAGGCAGCUCCAGCAUUAGCACCCCGCCUAGUGCUUCAAUACCAGAAGAUCCAACACGUAUUUACGACGAGCAGAUGGAAGAUCUAUCCUCGCAGACUACCAGGAAACGUCCCCGUCUGGACAGCGGAGCGGAUUCACGCGAGUCCAUGUCGACCGAAGAGUCGCCUGUCCAGCAAUCCGCGUCUCCGAAGACGCCGAACGACGAAGAGCUUCCCUCCUCUCAGCCUCUCUCUAGCCGGGUUACGAUCAAUAUGAAAUCCCCCUCCCAACCCGGCGUUACCAUACAAGACAUUUCAUCCGUCCAAGGAUUUCCUCGUGAAGAAGAUGGCAUUGGGUUGGAUACGACAGACAUUGCGAUUCCGCAGCCGGAAGAUACCAUCAUGGCUGGUGCACAGUCUUCCACCGCCAUUUCGAUAUCCUCAUCUCCCUCACGAAGUCCAGAGAUAGAGGUCGCCGAAGUGGAGGACAUGGACCAAGAUCCAAACACAUCUCGAUGGCGCCCACUAGGAGAAGCUGUCCAGGAGCAGAGCUCGGCGGGGAUAGUCCAGGUCCAUGAGCAAUUUUCCUUAGUCGACCAUUUCCCAAAGCUUCAUGGCAAUCCGGACCUAAGGGAGUCUUUGGAGGAGACGGUCAGUAUUAUUGAAAAAGCUCUCCACCAUGAUUACACGAUCUUGAGCCUCGUCAAGCAAUGGCUUGCUGGCUGUGUCGACAACCUAUCACAAGUUACUUUGGACACAAUACGAGAUGACCCUGACCGCGAGUUCUGGGAAGAUUUUCCUACCAUAGUGGAAGGAUUACUCCGUAGACAGGUCACCUUUAACCAAAAUCAGGGCCCAGGUCUACUGAUAUUCUUGGAAGAAUUCUUUCUGGACUUUGGACAACUUGCACUGCAUAUGCUCCGGCUCGACAUCAAUUAUCUCACCGUCGUUUCGCAAAGUACGUCAAUGCAGCCUUCGGAAUGUAUCUCUCGGGGCUAUGUGCAGUCUCUUGCCUGGCUUUUGCAGAUACAAAGUAUCCCAUUUUUCCGAGCUCUUCUACGGGUCUAUCAGUCAAAAGCCAUGGAUCUUGUGGCCCAAGUAUGUGAUCAUAUGGCAGAAGCUCCCUUGAACGCCUUAUCGAACAUUUCAGACUAUAUUUCGAUUCUUCUUCCCCUACUUCCUCGAUUUCCUCAGCUCGCACAAUCUUUACUGCCGGCGGUUGGAGUAAUCUCUAACUUGCUGGAAUCUCGUACCGAACGACGAAAACUUGGUGCGGAUGAAAAAUUUAUCAACUCGCCAAUAAUGAACCAGACUAUCAAAGACUCCUAUCCUCUUUUUCGCAAAUUGGAUGAGGCAUACCAGAAUGCUGUCACGAAGAAAGCGCCUUGGCUCACCGCAGAUAUCAGCGAGAACCUGUCGCGCCAUAUCAAUACUGCCUUGCGUGUCUACUGCGAUUUCGAUGACUCAUUUGCUACCAAGCUUGCCGAAGACCUGUCCAUAAACAUGCCUGAAGCUACUAGUGAAGAAUCAGCAUUGAUCGUCAUCAACGCUUGGAAAUUCAACACGUUGAAAAGGCAUAUCAUGGAUGGACGAAUGGAGUUGCGAGUCUGGGGCACUGAGGCCAUGCAAGUAGAUCUUGUCAACAUCUGGCGGCAGAAAAUCCAGAGCAACCCUGACGGCGUCGAUGUUCCGCUUGUGCAGUACCUCCUGAAAUUUCUACGCGACAUACAAAUCAUCGAAUACAUCGUUGGCGUGGGCUCACAUCCUCAGAUAAUCAGUCGCGGCGGCAACAUUGUGGGGUUCUUCAUAGUGACCAACACUUAUACAGACGCCGACACAGACACAAUAUGGAAAGCUGUCACGGAUGGCCAAGACCAAAGGACUGUUGGCGAAGUACUCACAAUGUUGGGCCGCACCGUUGUGAUGCACCCAUCCACAUCUCAUGCCUUGCUAUACCUUUCCUCCAAACUCCUUGAGCUUCCCAUAAAUCGCUUUGACCAACGAAUGAUCGAAUUUUGCGAUUUACUUUUCCGUACUAUGCGAGAGAAGUUUGAGGAAAACCAAGCCACUGACCCCCUAGAAACCUCGCAUUUUGAUUCGACCCCCUUGCGGAUAUGCGUGCGCCUCAUACGGGAGUCGAAUUCGUGCCCUGACAUCAGUGACGAGCAAAAGGUCACCCUCCAAAGAUUUGCGGGCGGUCAACUCCAACAGCUGCUAAAUCUGGGCAUGAGUGAGUCAGAUAAGCGCGACGUCUAUGAGCAGUGUAUUCAAGAUAUUGGAGAAAGAAAUGAAUUCGCGUCUGGAAGCAUACAAGCAUUGAAUGCCUUGAUCCCGACAACUUUUGACUCCCAAGAGACUAGAGCUUUGGCUACAGACUACGAGCUGACUGCUCUAAUCAUCAUGGAAUUCGAACAGUUCUGGGGCGGCAUCUUUGAAGUUUCUGACAGGUUCUCACAAAAUGCUGUAUUGUCGCGUGUUCACUUUUUGGGACGGCUCAUCGACAAAGUUCCAGACACCAUCACUCCCGAGCUCAGUGAUACUCUCUGGACGAAAAUCUUCAUGGCGGGCCACAUAGAAUCUGCGAGAAGCUCUUUGUGGGAGAUGCUUUGUCGUGUCACAAAGAUCUGCGUGACUCCAAACCCAUUCAUAGAGAGGUGCCUUCAACACUAUUUACCUAGCGUAUCGCCGGCGAACUAUUCCCAGGAAAUCAUGUCAUUUGCUGAGCAUGCAGUCCAGUAUGAAAUACGUUUCAAUCCUCCUCCGGUUGCUGCUGAGAAUGAGAUUAUCACACUACCAGGCAUGGAUCGCAUCUGGCAUUUCAUUCUUACGGCACCUCCCAACACUAUUGAAGGACGAGCAACGAACUUCGCAAUCGAGGUCUACCUUGACCACGGCUUGAUACGUAGGGCUCCCGCAUCGGCCGCUGAGGCGACACACAUCUCCUUGGUUGAUCGCUGCGUGGACCAGAUAAAAUCUGCUGCCACAACAUUGAAAGAGUCAAAUGGUACCGCAAACUCUGAAGAUGAAGCAAUGGUCACUGUACCUGGCGAACAAGAGAUUGCGUCUGCAGGGCUGAAAUUGAGUCGAUCUCUUUUGUUUCUGCAGCAGCUCCUUCAGGGGCUUCGUAGUCGACCUCAGUACAGUCCUCCGCAGAGCCAGGCACCCGAGCUCCCGGAACGGAUUGGUCAAGGGGAAUCUAUUGAAAUCUCCUAUCAGAGCUUCCAGGAAUCCAAGCAGUCCCGGGUCUCCACCUUACGUAUAGGUAGCCUUUGCACGGCUGCUGAAUUAGUCAAUCGUUUGACACGAGUGACGGGCUUCAACAAAUUCACUGUGAUCUACGGAGGCCAAAAGAUCAACUUGUUAGAUAAUCCGGAGAUGACAGUGCAAGACCUUAAUAUCAAGGGUCUUCUCAUAAUUAGAAAGAUUCCGGAUGGUACUGAAGCGGCGCCUGCUGGCAGACGCCAAUCACUCACACUCGUUGACUCCGAAAUUUUGAAGCAUUUUGACGACCUUUACGAUCUUCUAGACCUUGACGACAGAUAUGCUCAUGAAAUUUAUGWUUUUCUUAUUGUAUUCCCGCCGCAAGAACGGGUAAAAGAAAUGGUGAGAAUGGAGAGCAACACAGAGAACAAGCUCUUUCCUAUGGAGAAACCUUAUAAGCUGCUAUACUCUGUCAAAGCUCUUUCAACUUGUCUACGAGAAGAUUUACUCGAGACCGAGCAUCCAUCUAGUUUCGUCAUUCACAGCACUCAGGUGCUGGUGGGUGCUCUGACUCGGCCAGAAAUGUCACUGAAUCGAGACGAUUGCAUUCAUCUAGUUUCCGCACGUCACCUACUCGAAUGCCUCCUUUUAUGUCUCUCAGUGAAAACAACAGAGCCUUUGAUCCUACCAAAUGCGGAAGUCUUUGUUAAACAAUUUCUCUUCUUCAUCAAAGCCGCACAAAAUGCAGACCCAUCCCGAUUUAGUCAGCUCGAUAUUAAAAGGCUCAUCUGCCAUUCAAUAGCCGUGCUCAUAGAUGCUUCUAUACGACAUCAGGACUUCUGGAAUGUAGCCAAGCAGCACGCUCACUUUGAUGAAUUGAUCUUUUCACUACUUCUAGACGAGAAUCGCCAGUUGAUUCGCCGUCAAGUUGCAGAAAAGAUAAUGGCUACCUGCAAUAUCCCUUCUGCCUCCAAAAAGCCAGCAAACGCGGAUGCGAGCAACGGAGAUCUACCGAGUCAGGCUGACGAUUCGACAAUUAUUGACAUAAUUUCCACAAUAUGGGAUGCGUUUGUUCAAAAUAUGCAGAAUACAGUUCGUUUCGCAAAACAAUCGCAGGAAUACUUCUCCGCUGCUAUAUGGGUUUUCCGAUCGGUUGCUGAACGAAGACCGCAAAAUGUUGACUUCUCCGAAUACAUUUUAAGGUGGAGUGAGAGCAUGCUUAGCCAUGAAACCGAAGAGUUUGUGGGACGUGAGCCUGUGGAUCAUAUCAUACUAGGAUUCGCACGCCUCUUGAGACUGUGUUUGGAGGUGGCUGUCAAAAGAGAUACAACGAUCAAUGCAGCUGUCCUCAUUGAUAGCCUUGUCAACAAUUACCUAUUCCCAGACUUGUCAGAACCGUCAGAUACCGAAAUUAUCAAGCCACGCAUUCCAGUAAUGAACGAGGAGACAAGAGAAGAAUUAUACAAAAUCUUGUUUUUGUUAGCUAGACAGGAAGAAAACUUUGGUAGGAUCGUCGGCCUGAUGAAUGAUCUCAUUCCACGCGAUUACACAUACAAUACAACUUGGGCUAUCGAUCGACUUAAGGCAAUCAGGUCUCCCGAGGGUUAUGCGGGCUUGAAGAAUCUAUCAAACACCUGCUAUCUGAAUUCACUCUUCACGCAACUCUUUAUGAAUGUGGGAUUUCGCGACUUUAUGCUCCAAGUUGCCUUAGACGACCCAGAGGCAUCACAGAAGCUGCUCUCAGAGACGAAGAAGAUUUUUGGAAAUAUGCAAGAGACUUGGUGCAAAUAUGUUGAUCCUGAAGGAGCAGUAUGUUCUAUACGGACUUAUGACAACGAGUCGAUCGAUGUCAACGUUCAGAUGGAUGUUGAUGAGUUCUAUAAUCUGCUAUUUGAUCGCUGGGAAGCUCAGAUAACGAACCCAGAGGAAAAAAAACGUUUCCGCUCGUUCUACGGCGGUCAAUUGGUCCAACAGAUCAAAUCCAAAGAGUGUGAACAUAUCUCUGAGCGGCUUGAGCCUUUCUCGGCAAUCCAGUGUGAUAUCAAGGGCAAAGCGAACCUCGAGGAAAGUCUUCAAGCAUACGUUGAGGGAGAGAUUAUGCAAGGAGAUAACAAAUACUCGUGCACAUCCUGUGGACGUCACGUUGACGCAGUAAAACGAGCAUGCUUGAAGGAGAUUCCUGACAACCUUAUAUUCCAUCUAAAACGAUUCGAUUUUGACAUGCUUACAAUGAUGCGAAGCAAGAUCAAUGAUGAGUUCCAAUUUCCUGAACGCAUUGACAUGACACCGUAUAAGGUGGAAUCUCUCUCCGACUCAAACAUGCAACUUGAAGAGGAUGUCUUUGAGCUAGUCGGAGUACUUGUUCAUAGCGGCACGGCUGAAUCAGGUCACUACUAUAGUUAUAUUCGGGAGCGUCCGACUGCUGGAACCAAGAAGUCGUGGGUCGAGUUCAACGACGCAGACGUCACUUCUUUCGACCCAUCAAAAAUCGCAGAGCAAUGCUUUGGAGGAUCAAACGACUAUCACGGGCCAUCUAUGGGACCUACACGUUUUGGGAAAGUCUGGAAUGCUUACAUGCUCUUUUAUCAGCGUGUCUCCAGGAUGGAUUCUGAGCGAGAAAUUUACAAGCCAGAGAUGAAAGACACACCAGUGCAUGUACCCCUGCCACUCGACCUUGGAAAUCACAUCGCCAUGGAGAAUGAGAUUUUCAUACGCACAUAUUGUCUUCUAGACCCUUACCAUGCCUAUUUUAUUCGCUGCCUUCUCCAGUUAUCUAAGGAGCACGUGCUAUCCGGUUGGACUGCCGCUUCGAGAUUACAAAAGACGACUAUUUACGUGGCUAUGGAUACCGUGGAACAACUGAUUGCAAAAGCUAAAGAGCUGCCAGAGUUCGACCAAAUCAUGCUCGAGCUGAAAAAAACCCUUCAGGAAACUCCGAAGGGAGCAUUUAGAAUCAUCAAAUGGAUCCGUGACCGAGACACAGGACUACGCAAUCUCAUUCUAAAGGCUCCUCAGCCAGUCCGUAGCGUCGCGGUUAAAAUAUUCAUCAUGGCUCUCGUACGAGUCCACGAACUAGCAGGUGACGAGACCUUGAACGACUCAGAGCGAACCAAGUGGCAAUCGAGAUACUUGAAUUGUUGGCAGUACAUUGUGAUAGGACUGAAUAACCUUUGGCCAAUACUCUACACAGCCAGUCGUUCCUGGGAUGAUUAUUUCGAGUUUCUGGCCAUCCUCACGACUGUUCAGUCUCCGCAGAUUGAUGUCUUGCUUGACAAUGGCUUCCUUCUCAAAUGUCUUGAAAUGAUUUGGCUAGACAGGGAUGACUCGAAGAACCUCAAGCUGCAAUAUCCGAACUACUACAGACUUUUGGAACGUGGUCGCAAAUUCUCGCAUCGAAAAUUGAUGGAAUUACUAGCGCAAUUGUUGAGAUACAUCGAUUUUGGUUUGUCACCUACGCCUGACGAUGAACCUCGCACCACUAGUGAUGGCCGAUUUUCUCUAAAUAUCGCUGAGAGCUCUUUUAUUUUUGAGCUUGGAAGAGCCAAUAAUGGGGAACUUGUCUUUUUGAAAAAGAUUCUUCMCCAUCAAAUCAMCCCAGCCGCUAUUCGAUCGAUCUUCUCACUCUUGCUCGAUGCAGACCCUCAGGCUAAGCUCGCACAACCGAUAAUCAAAGUCCUUGAGGAUGGCCUCCGAGCAUCUCCGGCACAACUCUGCUCGCCUUACCUUGACGCGGCUGUAGUAUUCUGUUCCCGCAGCCGCAGCGAACAGCAAGUGAUUGACAUCAUCGAUUAUAUUGCUAAAGGAGUUGAAUCGAUAGGCGAGAGUGGAGGCAGAGAGCACAUCAACUUCUUCACAAACAUCAUUUCUUGCCACAACGAGCGUAUCGGAAAGGACGAAACCUGGUUCACAGAGAAGGUUGUCGAACGCAUUCCCGACUGGGCACCCACUCUGCUUAUUUAUCAAGAUAGGGUGGUCAAAAACGUGACGUUUGACUUGCUGCGGAAUGCCCUGUUCAAUCAAGAACGGGAAGACACCCGUGAAGAAUAUCGAACCUUCUAUUACAAGGUUGCUAGGGAACUUGCCCAGGCGUCUGUGGAGGUUUUGAGGAAGACGUAUCUCACUAGUGAGGGCCAAACUGUAGAGAGCAAGGUCGUGGACAACAUGCGGGUCGUGAUUGCACAUUGUCUUCGUACCUACUUCGAUGAAAGCGAUGCUGAUGACGCGGAAUUCAUGCACCAAGCUGAAGCUGUUCUCGGUGCUAUCGAGCAAUUAUCGGUGGAUGUGCCCGAAGAAAUAGCAUCUGCGUCUGAUUUUGCUUCACCAGAAGAUUGGGAUGAACAGUCUGGCAUGGGGAGUGACUCUGAGUAUGGUAUGGCAACGCCGUGA